AUGGCACCAAUUCGCGUCGGUAUUAUCGGUCUGUCCUCCAACUCCGGAUCAGGAUGGGCCGUCAACGCCCACCUCCCAUACUUCCUCUCUCCCCUCGGUCGCGCCAAGUACCAGAUUACCGCACUGCUCAACACAUCCGUUGAGUCAGCAAAGCGCGCAAUCAAGGAAUACAAUCUGCCCGCCGAGACCAAGGCAUACGGCAACGCCGAGGACCUUGCCAACGAUCCCGAUGUGGACCUUGUCAUCGUCUCGGUGCGAGUCGACUUGCACCACGACACGGCUCUUCCGAGUGUGAAAGCCGGUAAGGACGUGUACGUGGAAUGGCCGCUCGCACAGGAUGUGCGGCACGCGAGAUCGCUGGCCGAAGCCGCUAAGAAGGCCGGUGGGAAGACUAUUGUGGGCAUCCAAGGACGAACAGUACCGCUGUAUCUCAAGAUCAGCGAGUUGUUGCGCGAGGGGCGGAUCGGCAAGGUUUUGAGCAGCGAAGUCAAGGCCGGAGGAGGUUUGAACGAUCGGGGUGUGAUCCCCGCCAGCUUGAAGUACUUCACGGACAAGUCUGUCGGCGGAAAUGUCUUGACUAUUGGAUUUGCCCAUCUGUUCGACCAGAUUCAGCAUGUCUUGGGCGACGCAACUGACUUGCAAAGCCGUACCCAAAUCCAACGUCCCAAUGUUCAAAUCAAGGAUCCCAAGACUCAGAAGGUCAUUGAGACGGUCAAGUCUGACACUCCGGACCUGAUCAUCACGACUGGCACGCUCCCCGCUUCGGGUGCUGUGGCCGAAGGCGCGACUCUGCUCGUCCGCUACCGUAAGGGUCAGGCUUUCAAGGGCGAGGCGCCUUUGGUCUGGACCAUCAACGGCGAAAAGGGAGAGAUCCGAGUCACUUCUAGCAACGGUACAGCAUUGCAGGCGUUUGCCGAUACCAAGAGCGUCCGUAUCGAGGUGCAUAACUUCGAGAAGGACGAGGUUGAGGAGGUUGCUUGGGAUUGGAACGAUUGGGAGGCCGAGCUACCCGGGCCAGCAAGAAGCAUUGGCGCCGUCUUUGAGGCUUUUGCGAAAGGGGAGCAGGAGCAUUUAGCGACGUUUGAGGAUGCUGUUAAACGGCACGAGCAGCUUGAGAAGAUCUUCCCGCUCUCUGGCUAG